AAAAUAGCAGGCCUAGAGGGAUUGAGAAACACUUCCUGGUAAAAUUUUUUGUGUGAGAAGCUUGUACCAUUUUCCUUCCACUCCUUUCUCCUGGUCGUCCUACCACACUGCUUUAUAAAACAACUCGACAAAGAAAAAGCUGUUGGCUCAAGUCUAACCAAAAUUUUGUAAAUACAGGUUAUUGAUAGUGGUCCGUCUAAUAACACUCUUCCUCUUCCUUGGAUGGCGAGUACGAAAUCCUAAUCGAGAAGCAAUGUGGCUAUGGGGUAUAUCCAUUGUAUGUGAGAUAUGGUUUGCGUUCUCGUGGGUGCUUGAUAUACUUCCCAAGUUCAAUCCUAUCAACCGAACAGCUGACCUUGCAGCCCUAAAAGAGAAGUUUGAGUCAUCUUCUCCCUCCAAUCCCCAUGGCCGAUCUGACCUCCCUGGCAUUGAUGUGUUCAUCUCAACAGCUGAUCCUGAAAAAGAGCCUCCUCUGUUUACUGCAAAUACCAUCCUUUCCAUCCUUGCAGUUGAAUAUCCUGUUGAGAAAGUCUCAAUCUACAUUUCAGAUGACGGUGGUGCCAUACUCACAUUUGAGGCCAUGGCUGAGACUGUCAACUUUGCUGAGGUUUGGGUACCGUUCUGCAGGAAGCACAAUAUUGAACCAAGGAAUCCAGAGAGUUACUUCAGUCAGACAACUGAUCCUACCAAAAACAAGAAGCGCCCUGAUUUUGUUAAGGACCGCCGGUGGAUCAAGAGGGAGUACGAUGAAUUCAAGGUCAGGAUCAAUGGUCUGCCUGAAGUUAUACGGAAAAGGUGUGAAUUGUACAAUUCAAAGGAGAAGAAGCUAAAUGCAGAGACAAAUGGUGCUACAGAUAAGGCCAAUGUUGCCAAGGCCACAUGGAUGGCAGAUGGAACUCAUUGGCCAGGAACAUGGCUCACACCAACAGCUGAUCACUCAAAGGGUGAUCAUGCCGGAAUUCUGCAGAUAAUGAGCAAGGUGCCAGAACAUGAUCCUCUAAUGGGUCAUCCAGAUGAAAAGAGGUUGGACUUUAGUGGUGUUGAUAUACGACUUCCCAUGUUUGCCUAUGUCUCUCGAGAGAAACGACCAGGCUAUGAUCAUAAUAAGAAGGCUGGAGCCAUGAAUGCCUUGGUCAGAGCUUCUGCAAUUCUUUCCAAUGGACCAUUUAUUCUUAACUUGGACUGUGACCAUUACAUCUAUAACUCUAUGGCAAUGAGGGAAGGCAUAUGCUACAUGAUGGACCGUGGUGGUGACCGUGUCUGCUAUGUACAGUUCCCACAAAGAUUUGAAGGAAUUGAUCCCUCAGAUAGAUACGCAAAUCACAACACUGUCUUUUUUGAUGGGAACAUGCGGGCAUUGGAUGGUCUUCAAGGUCCAGUGUAUGUUGGAACUGGUUGCAUGUUUCGUCGGUAUGCACUCUAUGGAUUCCACCCACCACGGGCAAAUGAAUACUCGGGCGUGUUUGGACAAAACAAGGCUCCAUCUAAAAAGGUUAGGUCACAAGCUGAGGAGGAUGAAUCGCAGCCCCUGACAGCACAUCCUGACUUGGCCGUGCCAGAGAAGUUUGGGAAUUCCACUCUGUUUGUUGACUCUAUAGCAGUGGCUGAGUAUCAAGGAAGACCACUUGCUGAUCACAUUUCUGUAAAGAACGGACGGCCUCCAGGUGCACUGAUCAUUGCACGUCCCCCUCUUGAUGCUCCAACUGUAGCUGAGGCUAUUGCCGUUAUCUCUUGUUGGUAUGAGGACAAGACAGAGUGGGGAGACAGAGUAGGGUGGAUCUAUGGAUCAGUGACAGAAGAUGUGGUCACAGGUUAUCGUAUGCAUAAUCGUGGAUGGAGGUCUGUCUAUUGUAUCACAAAAAGAGACGCUUUUCGUGGCACUGCACCUAUCAAUCUCACAGAUCGUCUACAUCAGGUACUUCGAUGGGCAACAGGUUCAGUUGAAAUCUUCUUCUCCAGGAACAAUCCCGCUCUAGCAAGUCCGCGCCUCAAAUUCCUCCAACGUGUGGCAUACUUCAAUGUUGGAGUCUACCCUUUUACCUCCAUAUUCCUUGUGGUCUACUGUUUCCUCCCAGCUUUGUCCCUCUUCACUGGGCAAUUCAUUGUUCAAAGCCUAAAUAUUGCAUUCCUCUGCUACCUCCUUGUCAUCACUGUCACACUCACUCUCAUUUCACUCCUUGAAGUGAAGUGGUCAGGUAUUGGCCUCGAGGAGUUGUGGCGUAAUGAGCAAUUCUGGGCCAUUGGUGGUACUAGUGCGCACCUUGCAGCGGUGCUACAGGGACUCCUCAAGGCAAUAGCUGGUGUUGAAAUUUCAUUCAAAUUGACAGCAAAAGCUACUGCAGAAGAUGAAGAUGACAUCUAUGCCGAUCUGUAUGUUGUCAAGUGGACAAGUCUAUUUAUAAUGCCCCUAACAAUCAUAGUGGUCAAUCUCAUUGCUCUAGUACUUGGAAUUUCAAGAACAGUUUAUAGUGUAAUUCCACAGUGGGGUAAGCUGUUUGGUGGAGCUUUCUUCAGCUUCUGGGUGUUGGCCCACAUGUAUCCUUUUGCCAAAGGAUUGAUGGGAAGAAGAGGAAGAUUGCCCACCAUAGUUUAUGUCUGGACAGGACUUCUUUCCAUCACUAUCUCAUUGCUUUGGAUUACCAUCAGUCCUCCUCAGGGUGCUACUGCAAGUGGCCCUAGAGAUCUGAACCUUGAUUUCUUUUGACCUAAAGGUUUUGAUCUGUUCUAGUGCUUUAUUAUAUCCCCUUUAACCUAAGCAAAUUUCGCUUAUCUUGCUCUCUGGUUCGUUGAUCUCUCCUGCAAUGCCUCCAGUCUCCUCUUAAAGAUUUUUGUAACCCUAACCGGUCCAGUUGUAAGGCGUACAUAUCUUAGAGAAAUUCUGUCUUCUUAAUUGUGCAGUGUGCCCUGAUUUUUCUUUCUUUUGUUGUUUUUAGUUGGACCACUUCUAGAUGGUAUUAAUCAAGUAUUAGUUCUCUUCAGAGAAUUAUACAAGCAUCCUAGAUGCAU